AUGAACCCAAAACCCAAUUUUGGAAGAUUUCCUUAUUCGAUCAAUCUCCCUGGAACUUGGGACGGCCAUCAGUUCGCCAAUGAAGAUGAUUUUGUACACCAUCUGGACGAUCUGGAGAUACAAGAAGUCAAGGACGCUCUUAUCAAAUUCAAAGCUCUCGGUUUAGAUGGAGAUUCGAUCUGCCGCGAAAACUUUCCACUGCCCAUGUUGGGGCAGAAGCUGGAUUCUAUCCGACUGGACAUUUAUGAAGGUAAAGGUUUUGGUCUGAUUCGAGGCCUCGAUCCAAAGAACCACUCUUCGGAAGAUUUGACAAUGAUGUACCUUGGCAUUCAGUCGUAUAUCGCCAACCGUUGCGGCCAACAAGAUGAGAAAGGAAACAUGCUGGUCCAUAUCGUGGCAGAUAAGUCGUCUGAACUCACCAGACAGCAUCAUCGACACUCGACAUCAGAAAUCGCGUUUCACAAUGAAGAGGCAGGAGAUGUCAUCAGCUGGUUGACAAGAAGCUCCGCUGCCUCAGGGGGACGAUGCAUCAUUGCUUCGGGUUACGCCGUUUACAACAUUCUGAAUGGCGAAUCAAUUCGUCUUCUUUCCCAGUCGGACUGGGUAUUUCCGAGGUGUCCCAGACCAAUAUUUUUCUAUCACAAGAAGAGAUUCAUUAUCAACUUUGGACGCACCUCACUUCUUGGGAAUGCGAUACAUCCACGUCCCCACCAUCUUCCGGCUGUUUCCAAGCAGCAAUAUCAAGCACUGAAUGAUAUUGAGUAUGCUGCUAGACAGGUACAACUGGAAAUCAAGACUCAGCCAGGCGAUAUUCACUUCAUCAACAAUCUCUUUAUAUUGCACAGAAGAGACUCCUUCAAGGAUGGUGAUCGAGCUGGGGAAACACGACACCUGGUUCGUAUGAGACUUCAAGAUGAUGUUUUGCAUUGGGAUCUGCCCGAUAGCCUAAAGAAGGAAUGGUCAAGCUGUUUCAAUAACAUGUCUUCGAAAUUGUGGCACGUUGAUCCAAUGCCUGAAGGGUACUUUCCCCUCAGGUCGUACCCGAACUAG